AUGAAAAAUGUUCACAAAACUUCUUGCUAGCAAUUUUCCAUUAGGUAAACCUGCAGGCCACCGUUAUGAAUUUUUUAACAGUACAGCAGUACCAUUUUUCGUGCCGAGGGCAUUGAAAAGAGGUGCAGCUGUCUGUUAUUUUUUCAGUACUUACAGUGUUAAUUAUGUUAGUCAGCAAAGCGUGUCCUCGAAUUUCCUGUCAGUGUCACGUGUAAUUUAUUUCUUAGUUGGUUGUUCGUAUAGCAUGUACCGUAUUAAUUGAGAAUUUCAGCAAACAGAUCAGCAAGCUGGUCUGAUAAGAAAGCGUACUGUACUCGUUUCAUACCUGGCAAAGUUGACACUUUUUCUCGGAAAAAAUCGACGCUUUGGUCUUCGCCGAUCAACCUAAGAGGACAACUGUACAUGUAAACCAUAAUUUGUAGCCAAAUUUUCCCUUAAGAAUCUUCUUGUUGUCGUUUUGUGGUGAAUCAUCUUUUCCUUGGACACUUUUUCAGCACUGUCACAAAAACGUACAUAUAUUAUCACGAAUGCUCGCACUGAUAAAACACAUCAAAGUGCCACCACCAUGAGUUUACCCCUGUUGCUGCUGCUCUCAGCUGCGUCGACGACUGGUUUCACCGAUGACCUGGAGACCGAAUGUGCCGUGCCUCCACCGCCGCCGUCAACGUUUUCUCAUUCCGACUUCCCCUUCCGCACCGACACAUUGACACGGGAGGAAUUCUGUGUGCGCUUCAUGAAGGACACAGACUGUAACCAAGAGUGGGAGGCACCCGAUUUUCCCAACUGUCUCAAUGCAUCCGAAGCGGAAUUCCAGCGCCAUCCCUACGCAUCUAUGGCAAAGUGGACCUUUGUCGAAUUCGGUUGCGCUGAGGAAACACGGGACCGUAUGAAAACACGAGCGGAGACCUUCCGCCGAAUCAGCCCGCGGCGCGCCAUCAGCAUUGCGUUCUACGCAGACAGUGAAGACCGGGAAGAAUUUGAUCCCAUUAAUUUUGAUGUGGUGGACCCCGUCCGCAACCAGGUGAUACAAGUGGCAGUGAUGAGGUGCGCCACCGUGCACACCACCGAAAAGACCUACAAACUCGGCGACCUGCCGCAGGCGCUUCUCUACUUCCUGGGUUUGCAUUGUCACAAUCUGGUCAUCAAGAAAGCGCAUUUUUCCCGAAUGCCCGGAUUACGUCAAAUACAACUAAUGUCGGCGACCAUCGGAGAACUGGAACCCUACACAUUUACCGAUCUCCCGGAUCUACGAUCGUUGAUUUUAGAGGAUAAAAUUGGCAAUAGUUUAGUAGCUCGUGUGCAGUAUGCUGGUUAUUUUGACACAAGCCUGUUGCCGGACACCGCUGUCGAAAAUGUACGACGUCUGCACUGUGACUGCUCAUUUGCCUGGUUUCGCAAUUUUCUCAAGAAGAAGCCUUACCUGAUUGCCGCCAAGAAAAAAGGCGUGGUUACGAUGGGAACGUACAUAAAGCCCAGUAAAGAUGUUCUUUCACCGGGAGCGUUUCGCAACAUCAGUACCAUGACUGCCCGUGAAGCAACGACAAUGGACUGGAACCCGGUGCUCAGUGUGGACUGCGCUCACGAGUUCAACUGGAGAAACACACAGGCCGGCGACCAGUUUGCUUAUAAUACAUCCUGCUAUAAUCUAAAUUGUUGAGCCGAUGUGAGACACUUUAGUGAAACUUAGUGGGCUACGUAUGUUUCUACCAUACGAGCGGGCAGAGCUGACACUCUUAUUGCUACACCGGUAUUUAGACUGCUGAAUGCUGUUAUCAGGAUACCCUUUCGAUUACUUGCAAGUGCGUUAUUUUUUGUUAUUGUUAUUGCAAUUAAAAUGUUCGUCUACGAAAGUUUAUCUUCUGUCUUGUUUAUCUCUACUUUGUAUUGUACUAUCCUAUCGUCCAGCCUGCAGUUUGUAGCAAACAAUGAUCCGCCAGUUGGUCGACGGACACUGUGGCAAAUAGACCCGAUGCCGCCCCGUCACGAAAAUCAAGCUACGUCUUUCUAGUGCGUCUUGGUUUUCAUUAGUUUCUUAGUUUUUCUUAGGUCUUUUUAUCUUUCUUAGUUUUUGGGAAGCCAUGAAUAGCUUUAUUGUUUACAAUCUGCUGGAAAUAAUAACAGCGGUUUUGGGGACUAAAUUUUCUUAUUUUGUAUCUUAAUUCGGUUUUAUUUUCAGAUCAAUUUUUAACAUAAUGUGGGCCUGUGGCGAUCACAGGUUAUGUUGCUGAUUCUGC